AUGGCUGGCGAGUCCGAGGCAAAAACACCAGCAGCGGAAGGGCCACCGCAAGACCCAAACCUUCGGCCCUUUCACCUAGCCAUUCCCGUACACGACCUCGCAGAGGCAAAAAAGUUUUACGGAAGCGUCCUGUGCCUGCCAGAGGGCCGAAGUUCGACAAAAUGGCAGGACUAUAAUCUGUUUGGGAACCAGCUCGUGGUGCAUUGGGUCGGAGAAACAUACCGCGGGCAGGACUUCUUCAAUCCCGUAGACGGGGACGAAGUCCCGGUUGCGCACUUCGGCGCCUGCCUUACGGCCGCGGAGUUCGACGAGCUUGCCGCCCGACUUCAAGCGGCGCAGGUGAAAUUUAUCAUCGAGCCCCACGCCCGUUUCGUCGGGCAACCGGGCGAGCAAAAAACCAUGUUUUUCAAGGACCCGUCGAACAACAACCUAGAAUUUAAGGCCAUGAAGAACCCGUCUUACCUUUUUGAAAAAGCUGGAACUUAUUAAUGAAACGAUGCCCCCGCCUAACGAGGGUUUGGUGCACGAUCAUAGCACAGUAGCCGGGGACACUUGUUUCUGGCGUUUCGUUCUGCGCAGAGUAUCGACAUGCGCAACGACCUCUGUGCAAAUGAAACUGCUCACGUCGAAAGACGUAGAGAACGAUACGGAAGGUGGCAAAAUGAAACACGAGCGAACUUCAACAGCAAAAGAAAAAGCACCAGGGCCGUUUCUUUCACAAGCUUGUUCCAC